GGCGGCAGCAGCAGCAGGAGCAGCAGCGACAUGUCGAGUCCGUCCCAACGCGCACAUCUAGUGAUGCGUGUCCGAGGCGAGGACUCGGCUACAGAGUCUCGCAUUGACAACAUCCCGUAUCCUGAAUUUCGUACACGUGCGCUCUCCAAACGGAUGAACGCUUUGGCUGGGGAGAUCCCUGGCGACAUGAUAUCCCUCUAUCGGUUCUGGUCUCAUUUCUUGGCCCGGCAUUUUGAUUUGGAGAUGUUUGAGGAGUUCCGGGCAUGUGCAGUGGCGGAUGCCACGGGGGCGACGGUCAACAUAACUGGCCUCGAGAACUUGAUUGCAUACUACGAGGCAGUCAUCCAAGGCGACAAGGAAAUACUUCUGGACAACAUUGAGUUCCUUUACAAAGAAGCGAAAAAGCUGGCCACGAAGGCCCAAAUAUCCUGAGGGCAGAGCGCCACAAGACAAGAAUGUUUUUACGAAUUACGCAGCUCGUGUGGGAUUUCCCCCCCCCCCCCCC